AUGACGCCUUCACUCCGGGUCAUCCCCAACGCCGCAACCCGCGCUGUCUCCCUUUUGAGGACGAUUCAAGCCCAUCCGCCAUCAUGCCCAUGCCACACCAACCCCAAUCACCACCACCAUCACAACCCUCUUCACUUCAACCCGCGGCCUCUCCGCACGGGCAACCGCAGCCGCGGCUUCGCAACGCCCGUAGAUGGACCCCAGAAGGAAUACGCCUUUGAGAUGGCCGCCUCCUCGAUCCGCUUCGGCCCCGGCUCCACGCAGGAGGUCGGCAUGGACUUCUCCAACAUGGGCGCCAAGCGCGUCGCCGUCGUCACCGAUGAAACCGUCGACGGGCUCUUCGCCAUGCAGCAGGCCCGCGAGGCGCUAGACCGCGAAGGCAUCAACUACAAGGUCUACAACAAGACCCGCGUCGAGCCCAAGGACAGCAGCGUCCGCGACGCCAUCGACUGGGCUCGCCCUUUUGCGCCCGAUGCGUUCCUCGCCGUCGGCGGCGGUUCCGUCAUCGACACCGCUAAGCUGAUGAACCUGUACACUUGCUACCCCGAUGCCCCCUUCCUCGACUUCGUCAACGCGCCGCUCGGCAAGGGGAGACCUGUCGACAAGCCUCUGAAGCCGCUGAUCGCGGUACCCACCACCGCCGGAACGGGCUCCGAGACCACGGGAACCGCCAUCUUCGACCUGGUCUCCAAGCGCGCCAAGACGGGCGUCGCGCACAGGAACCUCAAGCCCACGCUCGGGAUCUGCGACCCGCUCAACACCCGCACCAUGCCCUCCGCCGUCAAGGCGGCUUCGGGUCUGGACGUCCUCUGCCACUCCCUCGAAUCCUGGACGGCAAUCCCCUUCAACGAGCGCGUGCCCCGUCCCAAGAACCCCAUCCUCCGUCCCGCAUACCAGGGCGCGAACCCAAUCAGUGACGUCUUUUCCUUCCACGCCCUGAGGGCGACCGUGAAGUACCUCCCCCGUGCCGUCCGUGACCCCGACGACUUCGAGGCCCAGAGCGAGAUGCUCCUCGCCGCGACGCUCGCCGGUGUCGGUUUUGGUAACGCCGGCGUCCAUCUCUGCCACGGCAUGUCGUACCCCAUCUCGGGCCAGAACCCAGGCUACCAGCACGCAGGCUACAAUGUGAAAUACCCCAUCAUCCCGCACGGCGUCUCGGUCGCCGUCACCGCCCCCGCAGUCUUCCGCUUCACCGGCGCCUCCAACCCGGAGCGCCACCUCGCCGCCGCCGAGGCCUUUGGCGUCGACAUCUCCCGUGUGCGCAAGGAGGAUGCGGGUGCCGUGCUGGCCGACGCCCUGACCAAGUUCCUCGCGGACCUCGGCGACCAGCCGGCCGGUAUCAGGGAGCUAGGUUUCGGUACGGAGCACCUCGAUGACCUCGUCGAGGGCACCAUCCCUCAGGCCAGAGUGCUCAUGCUCGCACCCGGCCUGGAGACGGAGCUGCAGAAGGAGAGAGAGCAGCUCAGGAGUCUGUUCGAGAAUGCCAUGGCGCACUAA